CGGACGCAUUACUAAGGCGACGGGCUGGACGCCUCCCCGCUUCGGGAUGAAUUAGCGGCGGGUUCUGCUAGCAGGUUGUGACCCCCCGUGAAGUCGCAGUCUCUUCUCUCCAGUGUCCCCGCAACGUCGCGCGUGUCCCCCCCGGCGUGGCCCAGGUGCGCGGCCCGCGGUGUCAGAAUCAUGGUGUCAUGGAAGGGGAUUUAUUUUAUACUCUUCCUGUUUUCGGGAAGCUUUUUUGGAAGUAUUUUUAUGCUGGGUCCCAUUAUUCCUUUGAUGUUUAUAAGCCUGUCAUGGUAUCGCUGGAUCAGCAGCCGCCUUGUGGCUACAUGGCUCACGCUUCCUGUGGCGUUGUUGGAGACCAUGUUUGGUGUAAAAGUGGUUAUCACAGGUGAUGCGUUUGUGCCUGGAGAAAGGAGCGUCAUCAUCAUGAACCAUCGGACAAGAGUAGACUGGAUGUUCCUGUGGAAUUGUCUAAUGAGAUACAGCUACCUCAGAUUGGAGAAAAUUUGCCUCAAAUCCAGCCUCAAAAGUGUUCCUGGAUUUGGCUGGACCAUGCAAGCUGCUGCCUUCAUCUUCACCCAUAGGAAGUGGAAGGAUGAUAAGAACCAUCUUGAAGACACGAUUGAUUAUUUUUGUGACAUCCGUGAAGCACUACAACUUCUCAUCCUUCCAGAAGGAACUGACCUCACAGAAAAUAACAAGGCUCGGAGUAAUGAUUUUGCUGAGAAGAAUGGACUUCAAAAAUAUGAAUAUGUCUUACAUCCAAGAACUACUGGAUUUACUUUUGUGGUGGACCGUCUAAGAGAAGGUAAGAACCUCGAUGCUGUCCAUGACAUCACUGUGGCAUAUCCUUACAACAUUCCUCAGACUGAGAAACACCUCCUGCUUGGAGACUUUCCCAAGGAGAUCCACUUCCAUGUCCAGAGGUAUCCGAUCGACACCCUUCCCACAUCCAAGGAGGACCUUCAGCUCUGGUGCCACAAGAGGUGGGAAGAGAAGGAAGAGAGACUGCGGUCCUUCUACCAAGGAGAAAAAAACUUUCACUUUACUGGGCAGAGCACAGUCCCACCUUGCAAGUCUGAGCUCAGAGUCCUUAUGGUCAAGCUGCUCUCCAUACUGUACUGGACCGUGUUCUGCUCUGCAGUGUGCCUGCUCAUAUAUUUGUACAGUCUUGUUUGGUGGUAUUUCAUUACCAGCAUCGUGUUUUUCGUGCUGCAGGAGAGAAUAUUUGGUGGACUGGAAAUCAUUGAACUUGCAUGUUACCGCUUUUUUCACAAGCACACACAUUUAAGUUCAAAGAGAAACAAGUGAGCCGGUCACAUUCACCCUGUAAAACCCGAGGGGCGUUAUGGAAAUGCCACAGCCUUUGUAAACCCAGAUGAGUUCCGCAUGACUGUGUCAGACGUUUCUUGCUAUCAUUGUUCUUUGUUAAAGGUAUUUUGCACUUCAUUUUGUGGGGGAAAUGUUGCUACAGUUUCUUUAAAACCUCUGAAUGUAAUUCCAAUGCUGCAGACGUAGCAGGGUCAAUCACCGUGAAUAACUCGGGCCACAAUAUUAGCAACAAUCAGUGAGCUGUUGAGACAAGAUGGCAAGCUUUUCUGAAAGGGUCAGCCCGCUUCUGACAGGCUGCCAGCCCACAGGCAGGCCUGGCACCGUGAACACGGGCUCCAGCACAUGGAGAGGCAGGUGGUAGCCUGGCUCCCCCAUGGGGCACGGUCCAUGCAUCCCUUUAUCCUUUUUCAGCAGUCAAACCCCAAACCGAAAUUGUCUUGUCCUAAACCGAUCACCAUUUCGUAGGGAGCCUUCCAUUGCUCAUGGGCUCCUAUGCUGAAUGAGACAGCAGGAGACCCAUCUUCCUCCCCGGGAAGUCAGAGCCGCACUGUGCUCAGGAGCACCUUCAGGCUCCUCCUGUGGGUUUUCAAGGACAGAGACUGGUUCAGCUCGCUCUUCACUCAGUCUUGAUCUCCUGCUCCUCAGCAGGCGCAACUUCAUCUUUAGUGUGAAUGAUACAUGUAAAGAUGUGCUAGAAGAACAUUCUGGUAUUUCAGACGCAAACUGUCUUAUGAAAUACUUUUUUAGAACCUACACACAAUGGAAGGCAGGUAUGUGUCCUGUAGGGUGUCUACCUUUCGCCAUUAGAGCUACAACAAAAAUGCCCGCAGACAGGAUGGCAUAGCCAAAGCCCCCAAGCCUUGAUCAGCUGUGCUCUUCAAACCAAAAAUGCUAACCCAGAAUGAGCCCUUUCAACGAUAGCAACGACUUCCUCUCCAAUUCUCAACAGAAACAUUGAAAGCCUCACUGACCGACUGCCUGUCACAUAGUCCUGUCAUCUGGAAGCAGAGACGGCCCAGCAGACCCAUAGCACCAGUGCCCUGGGUGGGAGAAGCAUGUGGCCAUUGUUUCCACUGAGCUGCACGGUCCUGGCUUUUGUGAUUGGGGGGGGGGGGGG